AUGGCUCUGGAUAACCACAAAGACGCAUUCAUGUGCAAAGUUUUCCUAACUAGUCUGACGGGAGUUACAUUAGAAUGGUUCAAGAAUAGGCCACACAAGUCCAUCCAGAACUACGAAACUCUGUGCGCCAUAUUUCUAGCACAAUACUGCAGUAAUAAGAAGCAGAAAAAAACUAUCGCUGGUCUUUUCGCUAUAAGACAGAAGAGAGGAAAAAUGUUACAAGAUUUCUUAUCCAGAUACAACAUGGAGGCUUCGGAGAUAGCAGAUUGUCACCCUAAGAUUGUUGUAGAAGCAUUCAAGAUCGGCAUGAUCCAAGGGACUAAGUUCCAUACCUCUUUAGUCAAAUACUCCCCUCUAGAUAUGCAAACUCUAAAUGCUAAGGUACAAAUUUACAUUCGGCUUAAGGAGAAUGUAGCCCAUCGAGCACAACAUGCCACCCUCGUCACGGUAGAAAAUAAGCCUCGGGAAAAGCUUCAAGUUCAAAAAGUCAAAGAAAUCAGUAUGCCUCAGCACCAGUUGCCCAAAUACUUGAGACAUAAGACCGAAGAGAGAGUAACACCUCUCCGUACCACAUUGGCUCGAUUAUUCCAGGAAAACAAAGUAGAAAAUAUGAUAGCCAGAGGAGACCUAGCAGAUUAUCUCAGGCAGAAGGAGCAUACUAGGUCGAAGAAAGUUAAUACUCGAAAAGUAGAAGGUAAUCAAGUGAAGGUCAUUCAUGCAAUACAUGGAAAAUCGGAGGAAGACCAAGAGUCAGAAGAGGUGUAUCGCUCUAGGCUGAGGGCUGUCCACAAGCUAAGAAAGUUAUCCUUAGUAAAUACCAUCACUUCGGGCAGUAUCAGCAUCGGAUUCAGAGAUAGAGAUUUAUCCAGAGUGCAGCUUCCCCACGAAGAUCCACUCAUUAUUAGUCUUCUGGUAGCAAACUGCAUGAUUCAAAAAGUCUUGGUAGACCCUGGCAGCAGUGCCAAUAUUAUAACUAAGGUAGCCUUUGAGUAG